UGGAAGACGAAUAUUUGAUGUUUAUGUUCAGGGAAAAUUGGAGUUGAAAGAUUUCAACAUAGAAGAGGAAGCUAAUGGAGUUGAUAAGGCAGUUAUUAGAGUAGUUAAGCCAGUUGUUGUGAGUCAUAAUACACUCGAGAUUCGCCUCCAAUGGACGGGAAAAGGGACAAGGAAUAUUCCAAAGCGAGGAAUAUAUGGUUCUCUAAUUUCAGCAAUCUCAAUAGAUUCUGAUUUCAAGCCUCCACACAAAAACAAAGCAAAAAAUAUCAUUAUCGGAGUAGUUUCAGCUCUUUGUCUUCUUUUCAUAGCUUUGGGCCUUCUUUGUUGGAAAUGCUAUACUGGAAGAAAGGAAUCAAGGGAUGAAGUUCUAAAAGGAUUAGACUUGAAAACUGGUUUCUUUACCUUUAAACAAAUCAAAGCUGCCACUGACAACUUCAAUGCUGCAAAUAAAAUUGGAGAAGGCGGAUUCGGAUCAGUCUACAAGGGUGUGUUAUUAGAUGGCACUAUUAUUGCAGUUAAGCAACUUUCAUCCAAAUCGAACCAAGGGAAUCGAGAAUUUAUAAAUGAAGUAGGCAUGAUUUCUGCUUUACAACACCCAAAUCUUGUCAAAUUGCAUGGAUGUUGUAUUGAAGGAAAACAACUCUUGUUGGUUUAUGAAUACAUGGAAAAUAAUAGCCUUGCACACUCUUUAUUUGAGUCUGAAGAAGGUGAAGUGAAACUAGACUGGAAUACAAGGCAAAGAAUAUGUAUAGGCAUUGCAAGAGGUUUAGCUUUUCUCCAUGAAGACUCAGCAAUAAAAAUUGUACACAGAGACAUCAAAGCCACAAAUAUACUUUUAGAUAACCUUACCCCGAAAAUAUCAGAUUUCGGUCUGGCUAAACUGAAUGAAGAGGAAAACACCCACAUCAGCACCAGAGUUGCUGGAACUAUAGGAUAUAUGGCACCAGAGUAUGCAUUAUGGGGUUACUUAACUGAUAAAGCAGAUGUAUACAGUUUUGGAGUUGUGGCAAUGGAAAUUGUUGCUGGAAAAAACAACAUGAAAUAUCGCCCAAACGAGAACUUUGUGUGCCUUCUAGAUUGGGCCCUUUUCUUACAACAAAAGGGAGAUAUAAUGGAGCUUGUGGAUCCAAAUUUGGGAUCACAAUUCAAUAAAGAAGAGGCGAAAAGAAUGAUUGAAGUAGCUCUGUUGUGCACGAAUCCAUCACCUUCUCUUCGCCCCACCAUGUCAACGGUUGUGAGCAUACUUGAAGGUCGAACUACCAUUCCUAAACUAGACAUGGCGUUGAGUAUUGAUGAUCCAUUCAUGUUCACCGGUUUGCGAAACAAGCUUGAUCAAAUUUCACAACAAAACUCCAAAACAUCUCAUAGCAUGGCUACUCAAUCAUCCAAUUCAUCAUCAUGGAUUGAUUCUGCUUCUGCAUCAUCUUUUAGUAAGAGUAGUUUAAAUUAGUUUAAGUUAAAAGUGUAAGGUAAAAUUAUCAACAAACAAGACAAGAAAGCUACUUUGAUCUUUAUAAGAAGCAAUAGAGUCUACGAUGUUCAAUUUUAGAUAGGGACACAAUUAUUGGGCCAACAAAAUGCCUUAUUCUAGUAUAUCUUUUAUACUUAUUUUUGUUUGGUUAUUGAUAUGAGUCUUGGAAAAGAUAAUAUCAUUGGACAUAAAAUUUGGAUAAUGCUUAUCUUAAUCUUAUUAAUUA